AGCAGAUUCCAGGAUGCCCGCCACCCUGCCUGUCUGCCCCUUGUCCCGGUCAAGCUCCACCCUUCACCCCGCCCCCUCCCCCUUCCACUUUUGGUUUCAUUUCCAGCUCCUUAGUCUCAGCCUCUGGAAAGUGGCGCUCGCCAGCUCUCUCUGAGGGAGGGCCCCUGGCUGCCCCUGGCCCCUGAGGACUGCCAGUGCUGCUGCCUGGGAACCUGUGACGUUUUUUGGUGCUUGGUGCCAGACCUUGCCUGAGCGGGUGAGAAGGCUGGGGCCAGCGGGCUCCUGCCACAGGGGAGGAUGCCGACGAUCGCCCACCCUCACUCACUCAGAGGGUGCGGGGAGACCCUGUCCCUCAGAGUCUCGCUCAUCUGCCACCUCCCGGAAGGGACGAAAGUCAGGGGAGUGGUGUCCUAGGGUUCGAGUAGCAGGCUCUCUACGCACGGGUCCACGUCGAGAAAGUUGGAGUGCUCUCUGGCAGGCGCAAGUGCUGCAGAGGGGCCGUCUGGGUGCGCUCCCUCCCACUCCCACCAGCCACCGCAGGCUUCAGCAGACACAGCGUCUCUCAUGGCUCUGCAGGCUGCCUGAGCAGAGGGUGCUGCGCACUCGGGUUCUGGGAGACCCGCCUCCUGGUCCCGGCUGGCUGUGCCCUCGCAGGGGAUAGCCUGAGGGUGGUCUUCUCGGCGGGAGGCCGGAAACAGCUCAGGGGCAGCCCCCAUGGGCUCCAGCUCUGAGGAGGAAGCUGUGGCCCCAGCCAUCCCCCCACUGGGGCCCGACGAGAGGUUCCACCUGUUUGUCAGCUACAGCAGCGUGGACGCCACGUGGACCCACGGGCUCAUCGGCCGCCUGGAAGCCGACCACGCGGGGCUGAGGGUCUGCCUGCAUGAGAGGGACUUCACCCCAGGCAGGAACGUCCUGGAGAACAUGGCCGAGUGCAUCCAUCAGAGCCAGAAGGUGCUGCUGGUGCUGAGCCAGGACUUUGUGCAGAGCCGGUGGUGCCUCCUCGAGGCCGACCUCUCCCUCUUCGGCUACUGCCUGGAAAGGAAGCCGGUCAUCCCCGUCCUGCUGAGGCCCUGCCAGGUCCCACUGCACCUCAGCCACCUGACCUACCUGGAGGCCACGGACAGCAGCUUCUACAGCAAGGUGGUGCGGCUCCUGUGCACGCCCAGACACCGCAUGGUGUACUCCCUGCCUGGCCGGCACCCCGUCCCUGCUCUCUACAGUGGGAAGACCCUCCUGACCAUGAACUGCGUCAACAGGAGCAGCCUGCCCUCUUGGAAGGUGGGGACCUUCAGCACCCUGGGUGUCCCAGACCCCUUGAAGGAGGUGUUGCAGGACCCUGAGGUGUACAAGCAGGCCGUGGGCAUCCUGAACGGGGCAAAGUCCCCCAGGUCCUGCCUCCGGUACCUAGGCUGCAGGGUCCCACUCGGCAUCUUUCUCCUUCUUCUCUCCAUGGUUUCUUUCUUUCUUGUUUUUGUUUCCUGUAUCCAACGUAUUAGCCCAGGUCGGCAGUUCCUGCCAGCCACCACCUGUCUGUUUUUAGGCCUCCUCCUCAUCAUCUUAGCAGUUAACACCCUGUGUUGGUUCAGACGGUUUUCUAGGAAGAAGAUGCAGGAGCUGGUCCUCAGGGUGGGGGAGGCCAACCAGCUGCUGGCGCCACACUCCGUGCUGAUGGGCUGUGAGGCCCUGAACCAGCUGUCCUUCGUGUUUGUACGGCUGGAGGACUGCCGGCAGGCCUUCCUCACGGCCCCCGAGGGCGAGGCCCUGUUCCAGGAGGCCCUGCUGCGGUUCUCCUGCGCCUACGCCUGCUGCCUGGUCCAGGCGCACUUCCCGCCCUGUGGGGAUGCCACAGCAGCUCGGAGCCACCUGCAGCCCGGCCUGUGUUUCUGCCAACCAGUGCACCCUGCCUGCCCUGCCGUGGCCCCAGGUCCUGAAAGGAAGACCCUGCCUGUCUCCAUCCCCCUCCUGGGGAGGGUGCGCCUGGGGCUCAACACCACCUCCCGGAGCCCAAGCUGAACGCAGCAGUGCCAGCAUCCUUGUCCUCACCUCGGACUCCGAUCAUUCCACAGGAACAGAUGGCACCCCUACAAGGUGACCGAGGAUCGAUUCUGGACAUUGGGGGGGCAGAGCAGGGAGCAGCUGCCGGCUGUGCUGUCUCUGAGCUGCAUGGCCUUCAUUGUGCUGCACCUGCAGGGAGCAGGACCCCUCGCCUCCCACCUCAUGCCUCUCCCCAGAGAACCCCAGCCCAAGCAGAGGCAGGACCUGGGAGGUGAGGGGUGACCCUGGAGCUCUGGCCUGGGCCUCAGUUUACCCAUCAGUGAAUGAGCAGUCGGCAGGAGAUGUCCGAGCAGACUUGAAGUCCAGCGCUGGGCAGAUGUCCCUGUCUCCCCUGGGACCCUUGGACCAUGGCCAGGCUCAGUGCUGGCGAGACUGGCUCAGCCGCUCUGUGGUUCUGCUGCCUCCGUCCACUAUUUGGCCUGCAGGGUCCUAAACUGACCCUCGCUGCCCUCCGGCCCCAGGCACAGGCCUCCAAUAGCUGCAGACACACAAACCAACAGAGGCAACUCCUACAGCUUCCCAGCCGCCCUCAUGGGUGACCUUCCCCUGGGGUUGGGCCUGUGUCUUCUGGUGUGACCUUCCUGACCUGUGACCCUCAAUGUGACCUGCCCAGUCCUACAGGGACCUGCAGUUCUGGAGAUUCUGAGCACCAUGGCACAGGUGUGAAGUCACACGGGAACUGGCCUCCUUCUGACCCCCAAGCCCCAGGCUCCCCACCCUUCUUCUUCCUACAGCUCCUUCCUGGGCGCCUGUGCCGCCAGGGACCCACUGUGCCAGGGACCGUCCACCUCCUGGAUCCUGUCCCUGUGUCCCUGGGCCUGGACCUUAGUGAGUGUUUGCCUGACUUUCAAGUGUUAACCUUGAAACGGCUUUGAGGACGAGGGCUCUGAGGGCUGUGACUUGGUGAAUAGUGCAGGGUGUGACGGGAAGUGAGGAAGGCAGCAGGAGGUGCAGGGUGAAUUGAAGCUGGCUCCUGAAGGACCAACAGGUUGCAGUGGGCUGACCAGUGAAAGGCCAGGCCCAAGGCCACGGCCCCCUGUGCCACUGUGCCUGUGGGCCUCCGACGAUCCAGGGUCUCGGAUGAGUACACGGAAUUUUCCUGUUCUCCUUGAAACCACCAUCCGCGCCGUCGGGUCCCCCGGACGCGCUGUGCGAGAGUCACGUUUUCCACUGUGAACGCUUUCUCUCGCACCACCAAAGCCUUGGCAGCUCUCACACCGUCUUCAGGAGACUCCAGGAGCCUUCACUGUCGGCAUGGGUGGUUAGCUAGCUGUCCGCAAGGAGGGCAGCACGGCGAGUUGCACAUUGCUGAGCCAAAGGGGCUGGGCAGCAGGAGCCGGUUCGCUUCUCCAGGAAGCCACAGCCUCACACCCCAGGGGACCGCGGCCUUGCCCAGUAGGGGUGAACACCUCUCCUUUCCACUCUGGUACCGGAUUGAUGGGGGAAUAGGGAACCAGUGGAGGUGAGCACAUGCGCAAUAGAAGUCAAAUGAUGCAGGGGAGGUGCUAGCCAAUAGAAGCCUGUCAGUCCGGCCUGAGCAAGCCAUCGAUUGGCUAGGGAGGUAGGGGGUGGACCCAUCAGAAGCCUGUGAAAGCUUGGGAAGUUGGGUAUUUUGAAAAAGUUCCCGGGCCUCUCUGGCUGGUGUGGCUCUGGGUUGAGCGCCGCCUGGGAACCAAAGGGUUGCCGGUUCAAUUCCUAGGCACAUGCCUGGGUUGUGUCCCCUGGGGCACAAGAGAGGCUACCACACAUGGAUGUUUCUCUCCCUCUCUUCUCCUCUGUCUAAAAAUAAAUAAAAUCUUAAAAAAGC